GGACCUCAAAACAUUAUGAAUCAACAUCAAACCCUAUCAAUCAGUAAAUCAUAAAUGAAAUCACAGUUCUUUUCACAAAGGAUUUUCUGUCGCUCAUCAUUAUUCUAUAAACCAUCAGCUUUCUUUCAACCUAAACACAUUGGACCCAGGAGAUUUACAAUGUCUGAAGCAAAGGAAUUUCCGCCACAAAAAGUGAAGGAAGUGGUGAUUGAGGUUGCGAAAUUGUUGAAGGAGAGAGGAGAAACCGUUAGUGUAGCUGAGACGGCAGCGGGAGGUAUCAUAUCCGCCUCUAUUCUCAGUACACCGGGGGCCAGCAAGGUGUUUAAAGGCGGUCUAACGGUAUACACGUUGGAAUCGAGAGUAGCUUUUGCCGGUUGGACCCCAGAAAAUACAGCAUCGUAUAGUGGACCUACACCUGAGGUCGUGGCGGGUAUGGCUGAGAAUGUGAGGGCGAAGUUGGGGAGCACUUAUUGUAUUUGUGAGAGUGGGACUGCGGGACCUGGAGCUAGUGGAGAGGGAAGGAAUAGACAGCCAGGAUAUGUAGCCCUAGCCAUCGCAACGGAAAAUGGAACGUAUAAGAAAGAUUUGAGUACGGGAUUGGGUGGUGAUAGAGAGGGGAACAUGGUUGCAUUUGCAAAAGAGGCAUUGGCAUUUUUAAGAGAUGUCUUAAAGGGAGACGCGAAGCUUUAAGUUGGGAGUUGGCGAGGGAGGGAGAAAGGGGCAUAUCAUAGAUCACUGAAAGAAAAUUUAGCUACGACCGAAGGUGACAAUGGAAUGAGAUAUGACGAAUGUCAUAGGCUUAAAGUUUAUAGUUGCUCGGUCUACAUCUAUGGACCGCCCCACUCGUAUCUCUCAAUUUCAUCGUUCCCGAGUCCCCUUUCUCCACAAAAUUCCCUCUUUCUUUCUUUUCCCUCACCUCCUCCUCUUUCCCCUCAUCAUCUCCCCAUCAACUGCUAAGGAAGAGAUUCGGCUCCCUCCAAGGACCAUCCACCACACCACCCACAUUCUCCUCCAUAGCCAACCUAACGCAUCCCAUCCCCAUCUCUACCUCGCUCCCCCCCAUCACCUUCUCCCUCUUCUCCCUCUGCUCCAACAACGUAAACCCCGUUUCAUUCUCCCGCUCUCUCGACGCCUCAAACGACUUCACCUCAUGAAAUAUCUCAUCCCGCCAACUUUUCUCCGGCCCCCACGACACUUUCACACGGUCCUUGCGCGCCACCGCGCCGAAUCCAAAUCCGAGGAAUGAUCCGGCGAGGAACAUAAAUAUGAUGAAUACGAUGAGGGGGAAGUCGCUUCUUCGGGGGGUGUAGGCGGUACAAGCAGAUGUUUUUUCGCAGAUGUUUUCAUUAACGAGUGUUCCGUUGAUGAAGAGCGAGGUGCCGGUUAUGAGGAGAGAUGUGCCGUUUAAUAGAAUCGCUAUAUUUGAAGAAUCCAUAUUUUGUUCAAGGAGGAGAUCCAUCGAUUGAUUGAUCGAUCGUUUUUGGUGUGUAGGAGUGACGGGUAUUGAUUCGAUGCAGUAAAAUGAUUCUUGUAAAGUAGUAUAGUGUAAUGAAUCCGAUGGAUGAAUAUAUUCAACAGAAGCACACGUUGAAAGAAGGUGACUUUAUAACAUGCGGAGAAAAAUCCGAGACAUUGUGAAGAGAUCUAGACCAGUGACUAGCAGAUUACCGUAGCGUACCUAGUAUUUGGUACGCCACGAGUAAUCGCAAGAUGCAAAAGAAAGUUUUUCUUUUUUUGCUUUGAAGAAAAAAAUAAAGAUAAAAAAGUUAAGGAAAUAUGAUUUCUUCUUGUAAAGUUAAACA